GCAAUCCAGUGGCCUACAAUGCUUGAGAAAAGAGAAUUCCCUUUUCUUAUUUUUCCUUUUACUUUGUGGCCUUGAGAGCAACGACCUUUUCCUUUAUAACUGCCAAUAUUUAACUAGCGCCAAAAGCUUGUUAUCUUCGCUCUCAAAAAGACCACCCACCUAUCUCUAUCAAAUAAUUUACGUUGUUGAUCUCUGUAUAAUCUAUGCUUGUGUGAUUCUAAGAGUAAGAGAUGGAAGAAGAGAAAUAUGUGCCGGCAAGUUCUAUGCGGUACAGUGCACGAAUCAUGUCGCCAGAAAUCGUAGAGAUAGGGGAUGAUAGCAAGACUAUUACUAACAGCAUAGAUGGAAUCAAUGAUGAUGUUUAUGUAGCUGUUGGUAAAAAUGACACAGAUGUACUGAAGUGGGCUCUAGAUCACGCUGUUUCACCUGGAGCUCGAGUUUUUCUUGUCCAUGUUUUUCCUCCUCUGUCAUAUAUCCCUACACCAGUUGGAAAGUUAUCAAGGAGCCAAUUAAGUCAAGAUCAAGUGAGAUUUUACAUUAAUGAAGAGAAUAACAGAAGGAGGAACCAGCUGCAAAAAUACAUUCGCCUGUGUGCCAAUGCCAAGGUGACAGUAGAUACAAUGCUGCUGGAGAGCAAUCUGACUGCCAAAACUAUUCUAGAACUCAUUCCUGUUCUCAACAUCACCCACCUUGUCAUGGGAAACAAACGCCUACCUCGCUCAAGGCUGCUGAGGAAAAAGUUGGGAAAAGGAGAAUUUGUGAAGAAGAAAGCUCCAGACUAUUGUGAGGUUAGUAUUAUUCAUAAUGGAAAGAAGAUCAUGGAUGGUAAGGAUGGGAUAGAGCCAGUGUCAUCCUGUGCCCAAAGACCAGAUGUUAUCCGCAGCUCUGCUAACAGGUUUUUCAACCUUCCAUGUUUCCCAGUUUGUAGGAACAUGGUGAUGGAUUCUUAAGAUUUUAUCCAAAACAGAAGAAGAAGCAGCAGCCGGCAUUGGAAAGACCAGCAGGAGCAACCCAAAAACUCUCAAAUACAAGGUGGAAGCUGAAGGAAACAGACUCCCGGUGGCUGCCAUUUUUUUGAAGACUACAACUAACACUAUAUUAAUUUCCGUGUUUGUACUAAAAAAACAUAUUAAAUAGAAAGAUGUAAUGUAAAUCAAACCAGUGAAUGGAAGUCGAAAUCCUCAUAGAUAUAUGAUUCCCUUC